AUGGAGAUGGAGAAGAUGAAGGCCUUAGAAAGUUCUUUUAGGAAGAUUUAUUCUCAAAAUUCAAAAGAUUUUCCGUAUAACGUUCAAUUAUUAAAUACAAUUAAAAGUUUUCGGAAAACACACGAUGGGAAGCUUUUUUUUGACCUUUUGUUAACAGAAAUUGCUUUUAUACCUCAUCCUGAAAAACUUUAUCCUCCUAAAACGUUUUCUGAUCUUAAAAAAUUGUAUUUUGCAGUUGAAAAUAGCCAAAUUGACGAGUUAAAAAAGAAUUGUUAUCAUUAUUAUGUUCUUAAGGACUGGAAUAUGGAUGAAAAGUUUUCAUGUGAUGUUUUUAUUCCUAUUAUUUAUAGGAAAUUAAUGGAUAGUUAUUGGUAUCUUGAUAGAAUGCGAUUUCAGGAUGCUUUUUCCAGUCUUUGUACACCUAAUCUAAUACCUAAUUUUCCAGAGAAAAUUCUUAAUUCAUUUUAUUUCCUUUCCGGUGAACGUGGGCCUCAAAUGACAGUUGCAUACAUAAGUUUAAUGUCUCUUCCUCUUGAUACAGAUGAGAAACUUAAUCUUUAUAUGUCUGCUUUGAUAAAAGUAGACAUUCCAUCAGCUUAUUCUUUUUUGAAAUGCUGUUUUAUUUUAAAAGUUACUUUUUUUGAAAAAAUUAUUGAGCAUUGUCUUUCUACGCCACAAUCUACAAAAUGGAUUUUAGAAUUACCGUUUACAAAAGAAGAAGAAGAACAGUUAAUAAGUUAUCUUAAAAAAGCAUCUCACGCAUUAUCGAAAAAAAUUUUGUUUAUAUAUUUAAUUAAUAAAGGAAAAAGAAUUGAAGCUAUAGAAUUGUCCAAAUCCAUAGGAAGCGAUUUUUCUAAAAGCAUUGAAAUCGCUGAUUUUAUUAAAGGACUGAAUAAAUCGCUUUUGCCGGUAGAAAAAAAAAUUAUUUUGUAA